AUGACAUCUGCAAACACCGACUCGUGGGCCCGCGACCACGUCGCCGAUGCUAAUCCAGACCUACCGCGCAAGCGAGAGCGUCUCAGCGAGGAAAAGGACGACGCCUCGCCGCUGGCCACUGACGACAGUGUGCUCGUCGAGGCCUUGCCGCUCGAAGACGACGGCGCCGGCAACAGCUAUCACAACGCAAUCCAACUGCACGACGAGUCUGCAAUGGAGGCCUUCAGCGCCGAUUUCGACCUCGAGCCGGGCUGUAACGUGAUCCCGGUCAAGCAACUCCACCACCUGAUUGAUUGCCUGCGGCAAGGCGUACCGCUUCAGCCAAAUCACAUGGACAAUUUCUGUCGAUGGCUACAGAGUCACCUUGUCCUGACCCGCGAAAUGCAAGAUCGGUGGCACUAUGCAUAUCUGGACGACGAGCGCGAAUUCUUCGCCCGACUGGCCGUGUUUGGUCGCGACUUCCUAGCCUACGCAGGAGAUCUGUUUGACUACAAGCAGAUGCAACAGUAUGGCGUCGAUUACCUGGGCCAGAGCUUGUACGGUCUAUGGCCUGCUAUCGGUGAAUUAGCCAUUCGCAUUCUUCGCUUCCUGCCAGGCGUCGUUGAUGGCAUGUUCGCGAGGCGAGACUCUGGCCAGGCUCCUAAGACACGCCAGCAACUCGAUGAUAUCUGCUAUGUGGAGAUCCUCGCAAAGACGAUGACCCUGAACAAAGCAGCUUCGAUGGACUUCUUUCGGAAUCACUUCAGUUACAAACCCAAGGGCCAUGCCAUCAAACUAAAAGAAGAAUUCCAGCGGGACCCGAGCUUGAUCGCAGUCCUUCUGGAGUUGCUCCAGAAGCUGGUGCAGAAUCAUCGUGAAAUUUCGAAUUCUUGGGACGGCAUCGAUGCCAUUCUUCGAAUCCUCCACUCUCUGGACCUGUUGCGGAUCGAGGACCUCCACGUUGUCAUCGGUGUGAUCCAUCACAACAUCAUGCCUUUGAUCUGCGAGAAGCACCCGAGAGCCUUGCCGGAGGGCUUUCACGACUUCAUCAUCCACAUGGCCGGGAUCGUCGUCGAGAAGCUCUCGCUCAACUCCGAUGAUCAAGCUGCAGCGGCUCUCUACGCGCGAUACAUAACAAGUGACCACGAUGCUUUACUUUCCGAGCUGGCAGAGGACGAACCUAUCGCCGCAAAGCUGCAACACAUCUGUGAAGGCGACAAGGACUUGUUGGCCCAGCUUCUGACGACAGCCUGGUCUCUGCAAUCACUCAAGUCCUUCAUCUACAGCGACAUCAUGGAUGUCAGGACUUGUGGCAUCAUGUCUCUGGGAAAGACCUUUGUUCAACUGCACAAGCUCCACUCCUCUUCUCCGGAACAAUUCGAGCAUCCUGUCCUUCAGUACGUUGCUCGCUUUGUGCGGUUGAACGAAGUGACCAAAUACAUCUUUGGACCAAAUUCACACGCAAGUCUGGUUCAUCACAGCGGCAACAUCAUUGGGUUUCUAGCUGCAACAAAGGCUUAUACGCAUCUGGAGACCGACAUAAUCUGGCAUGCCUGCACAAGUAGCGUCGAGGUGGAAUUCGCCAAGGCCUCCCUUGCAGUCUUAUCCGAGAUUUGUCGCUACAUGGACCUUGAUCAGUUACUGUAUGUUGCAAACAAGUAUGUGGACACGCCUCCAUCAAAGCUUGGAAACGAUGCGGUGGACUCGCUUUCCGAACUCUUCGCGAAGGUUCAGCUCAAGAACGACAGCUCACUCGACCAAGGGCAUCGAUUGGCCACUGCUUUCAUUAGCAUUAAUGUCAUGAUGAAAGCCGAUGAGGCCGAGUCCAAUGGUUCUCUCUCAAGACUACGCGAGACAGCAAAGCAAGAGCUUCGCCGAUUUACCAAUCCUGCUUACAAUGCACACGACCGAGUGGAGAUAUACUUGCGCUGUGCACCUCACAUAGUGAAGUCCAGCGGACAAGCCUCAACGGCUGUUGACAUUAUUGUGCUAUUUCUACAAGGAACGGUGUCCAAAAGGGAAGCUGAACACUUGCUAGAGGCCUUACCGGUUCAAGGUGCCAUCGACGAGAUGGGUCGCUUCCUUGAAAGUUGUCGCGCUGGUGCUUCUUCCUCCGGGAUCGCGCAGAUAGCUGCCAUUGAGCUGCGUCUGGAACUCAUCGUGCGCCUCUUGUCGCUACCCAUUGUCGACCUGAGCGCGGAAGACCUUUCGCGAUUCUUCAAGUACGCUGUUGGGGACGAGGCACUCAACAACGAAGCCAGAGAUCGUGCUUGGCGGCUGUUGAUGCACAUGCUCGACACAAACGAGAGCGAGGAUGUCGCCUCAGACAUGCUCGAGCGAUUCCUUGCGAAGGAGAUUGCAGGGCUUCCUCUGGAUUUUGUCACCCCAGAGCUCAUCAAAAUCUGUGGAAUACAUCUGCAAAAUCACCUGCUUUGCAGCGAGUCACCAGCUGACUACUCCUCAGCCCUCCAUACUCCGAUCUGGCAGAAAUUGGUCCUUGCAGCUGAAAGCGCCGACAACCUACUGGUGAGGCAACAAGCGGCUCAAAUGAUAUGUCAGGUGCUCUUUGGGAACACCAACCAGCAACAGAAGGGCACGUCAGCGACCAGAUGCCACGCCGAAUUUGCGCGACAGCAGAUCGAUCGCAUACGUGAAGAGUUCCAGAAAACUACCGAUUCCGGCACUGGGUCCAUUUGUCAGAAGCUCGGACUACUUGACGCUGUUCUCUCUCAAAGCAGGACUUUCGUCGAAUCAUCUGCUGUCGACCUACAGGCCAACAUCAACCUAGCAAGCGAGCCAGCGGACGUGACAUCGAAAUACACGCUGCAAAUUCACGGAACUGGCCAAACGCAACCUAAAACCCUCGUCUUGCGGGCGAAGGGGUCAAACAAGCUGUCUGAAUUGGCGAGUAUGCUACCGAAUGCGACAGGCGCAGCGGAAAAUCGAGUGCUAUUUCGAGGCAAAGAAUUUGAAUUGAAAGUGGAUGGAGAGACAACCCUGGCCGAUCUCGGGAUCCCCGAGGAAGCCAUCAUUCCUAUUUGUCCCAGACACACCUCAGACAGUGACCUUGGACUUGUGCUGACUUCUCCUGGCGCUGUUGAGCAUGAGGUGUUGGAACAGUACAGCGAACUCGAAAAGCUUCUCGACGGCCCUGACGACGUUGCAUGCCAAGUAAGUUCCCAUCAAAUUGCAUUGCGUAUUGCUUGCUAACUUUUGGAGGCCUACAUGUUCUUGACCAAAGUUCGACCGCCGAUCCAAACUCGGCGUCAUGUGGCAGCGCGUCAGACGCCAGUGCUUGAGUUAUGUCCUCUCGACAAACCGUGGAGGUGCGCCUUCACCUUCCACGUGCUCAAAACCAACCUCAAGGACUAUGCUCGCAUCGGCGUCGCGGACGAGGCAUUCAUCCUCCAGGGACUCCGCCUCCAUUUAGCAGUCAUCACCGACUCGGAGCGUCCCGUUCAGCCCGACGUCAUGAUCUGGGCGUUGGACUGCAUGCUCGAGUUCCUGUUGGGUCAGUUCGAUGUGUUGUUGUUUUUAGGCAUUGUGACUAAUACUAAUAAAGCUUCAGAGAAACCGCAGACGUCGAGUAUCGCUCAUCCGAUCGAGGAUCCUACACGGUACGCAAGUCGCAUGGUUGAACUUGUUCUGUUCGCUGUAGAGCUGUCGCCCUCCAGCAACGGUGGCCAUCAGCGCUUCAAUCUGGCUUCAUUGGCCUUCCGAGCCCUGCUUCAAGCUUUCCGACGACAAAGCUCAGUGUGGCUAAGCUUCAGCAACGACCCAAAUGCCACCCAAAUCAUCAAGCAGUCAAUGUUCCAUGCUGAACCGGGUUUCGCGCAACUCGCAGUGGAGACGAUUUCGACAUCCUGCCGAGAUGAAGACUCGGGCCCGGAAGUUGCCGACUUCUUCAUGAAAGCCCUACUGGAGAUUCUGCCUCAAGCUCGAGACAGGGCGGACCGUGCGAAGCCAUAUUUCGACCUAGUCACCCAGGUGCUGCUCAGCAACGGGACGCUUAGAGUCGAUGAAGCUAGAGUUCGCGACAUUACAGAUACUUUGGUCAAUUCCCUUUGGACCUAUAACCACAUUGAGUCCGUGGACCUGCCAAUCGCCGACACUGUGAUGGCCGGGCUUUUAAGGCUUCUGACUGAGACUGUCAAUGUCUUGAAGAGCUUCAAGAGACCGCUUGAAUUGGACCAUCUCGCGGCAAAGUUAUUCACGACUCUGCUGUUCCCCCCUUACCGUGAGCUUUCAUCACACCCGCUCGUCCAUCAGACAUCCCGCAAGCUAGCUCUGGACCUAGUCAAGGCCACGUGCGAAGGUCUCGAGGAGUUCAACGAGCUACUAGAUGGGACUCUCCAUGCAUUACAGGACGCGAGCGAUGAUCCAUCGUCACAGUAUCCUGGCCGUGCGACAUGGCUUCGGCCUGCAGUUUCUUGCAGCGGACUUCCGAAUUUGGGCAUGACGUGUUACAUGAACUCGCUGUUACAGCAGCUCUUCGCUAACGUUCAAUUCCGAAAAUUCCUAUUCGAGGUUCCGAUUGUCAAUUCUCAGGAGCAAGCACUACUCUACCAAGUGCAGCUUCUGUAUGCGAAUAUGCAAAGCUCCUACAGCCAGGUCCAGACUGGCGACCUGGCGCGAGUACUGAAUAUCCAGACCGAUAGUCAGGAAGACGUUCACGGCUUCUACGAGGAUUUUCUUACCAGACUUGAGAGCGAGAUGCCUGACGCAACUUGGAAAGCGAAGUUGGCAAAAUUCUUUACCGGCAAGCUCAUCUCACAGAUCAAGGGCGAAUGCGGACAUGUAUCGCCGUCAUCGGAGCCGUUCGUUGACCUUCCUGUGAACGUGAAGAACAAGGCGUGCUUGCCAGAGAGCUUAGAUGAACUCGUCCAAGGCGAACCAAUGGAGGGGGCCAACAAAUAUAAAUGUCUGGGUUGCGACACCGCAGAUGGCGGUCGUCUGGUCAAUGCAAUGAGACGAGCGUGCCCAGAUGAGAUGCCGGACAACCUCACGUUCUGUCUCAAACGCUUUACGUUUGAGGCAAUGUUUGGAAUGGAAGGGAAGGUCAAUGAUCGGUUCGAAUUCCCACAGAAUAUCGAUAUGUCGCGAUACCAGCGCGUCCACUUGGAGAAUCCGACGGCCCCGGUCGAAGAAGAUAUCUUCGAGCUCGUUGGUGUCAUUGUUCAUCAAGGCACCCUCAAUCUUGGACAUUAUUGGUCCUACACUCUAUUGCGAAACACAGCUCGUCCGGACUUGCGCACUUGGGUGAAGCUCGAAGACAAGAAUGUUACGCUGGUUGACGGGGGCGUCGUGGCUGUGCAACAAGAGUGCUUUGGCGGCCAGUCUGCCAACGGGCAGGAGAGAGCAGACAACGCAUACGUCCUGUUCUACCAGAGACAGUCGUCCCUUGAAGAACAAAUCGCUCUUCCCGAGCAAGUCUUUGACCCUGAGACUGGACUGUUGCUGCCUCCAAAAGUACCCAUUGAUCCGAUACUUGGCGAAAGCAUUCACACCAACAACGCAUGGGCCCAGCGUAUUGCGCACCUAUUCGACGAAGAUUUUGCACUGCUGAUUGAAUGGCUUCUUUCAAAGUAUGUCAAGUCAGAUAUUGCUUCUCCUGUCGACUCUGUGCUAGAGGCGCCAGACGAGGACAAUUCAACCAUGGUUGAGUCUCCUCGUGACAGCAACACUGGUGAAGAGCUUGGCCGGAGAAUCAGUGAGGCUGUCAUGACUUAUGUGAAGCGUGUUGCGGUGUGUAAUUCUCACCCAGUGGGACGGAUGAAGCGAUGCAUCACCGCACUGGAGCCGUUGAUGCAACGCCCAGACCAUCAUUCGCUCUAUCUCUUGGAGCAAAUCGCCGACGAUCCCAAAUGGUACACUGGACUCAUCAAGCAUGAAAACAGAAUGGUGCGGAAUUGGAUCAACAACCUCAUUGCUAAGUGCAGUGUACGUCUCCGGGAACAUGAUCCGACUGCUCACGACGACGUCUUCACGAAGCUGCGAGAAACUCACUCAAGCUGGAUUACGAAGGACAAAGACCAGCCACUUUUCGAUUGGAGUAGCUAUCUCAAGCUGGUGAGCGAUUUUGCAGGCUUUGGUCGUGUGGAGACGGCCUCGAUACUGGAAGAGUACUAUUGGAAUUGGGUCUUUGAAAUGCUGGCCGUUCCCUUUGAUCCUGAAAUUCGCAAGCGACACAUUGGAGUGUUUGACCACAUGAAGCACAACUCUGGCAACGUUGCUGCUCUCUAUCAAUUCAUAUACAACAUUCUCAAUGGCUACGUGGACUUUUCGAGCUACGAUCGAAGCCUGCGUGAUACCGAGCCGCGACGGUUCUCCGAAAUGGGAGUUCUCUUACGUCAGCGAGAAUUCCAGGACUUGGUAAAACCGAGCGAUGAUGUUCAGGUUGCAUGGCUGCUCCGCGCAGCAAAGCUCGCGGACAAGGGACAGGAUUGGAGAGAAUCUGCUCCUGGGAAAGUUCUGGGCUUGCUCGUUUCGAACAAAGCAGAUGAAGCGCUCCGCUACUCCAUCACGGCGAGCCUUAUCAAGCAUAUUGACACCGAGGAGGAGUCCCUGAACACGCUCCUCCAUCUUGUCAUACACUUCUACGCCAACUUCGAGCAGCCCGACGCCAGAGGACAGGCCGUUUUCAAGGCCCUUGUGAAGGUGGUCCACAUGUGGGACAGCUAUGAGCUCGACUUCCUGGCUACCGUUCAAGAGGUCUAUCGCUACGCUCCUUGCACAGUGCUUGCAACACAGGACGAAUGGCUCGUUAAACUCUUGAACCACAACAAGGUCCACGCAGUCCGGCAGGCCACAGCGAAGUGGCUGGUGGAAGAGGUGUACGGACGUGAGGUACCGCUGAGCGAACGACCAAACCUGGACCGAACCCGGGUGAAUAUUGCGCGAAAACUCGCGCCUAUGCUAGUACUCCACCUCACCAAUGCGCAGCAAGAAUAUCGGCCGAGAGCUCGUUUCCAACCCAUGAUCGAUGUUGUGCUGCAGAUGGGAAAGUACAUGAGCGCACUCCAAGAGACGGACGACCUUGAGGUGGGAAGGGCGCUCCAGCUCGAGAUUGACGAAUCGCACAGCGCGACCGACGAGAUCGAAGCGCUCGAGACGGAUAUCCUGGAGGACUGGUCAGAGGACGCUGGACUUCCCGGGACUGGCGUGCAGGAGGGCGGAGGACAGGUUGGGCUGGACGAGGAUGAAGAGCUUUCCAGCGACGAGGAAUGGGCCUCGGAUGAUAGUGUCAUCGAGACGGUUCCGAGAUAA